CCUUUUGAAUUUGAUAAAACUCCCCUUUGUUUUGUUAUUAUGUUAAACUCAACUGAACCAAACAGACAAGCACCUGUGUCAACUCUUGAUGCCCUGCGGCCUGCGCGCUCUCUUCUUAAAAUUCAAAUAAUAUCUCCGUUCACAUCUCCCUCUCUCACUCUCCCUUUCAAACCGUAAACUCCCUUGCCCCUCUUUUCAUUCUUAUUCUCAACCUUCUUCUCCUAGCUUUUCUUAUCAAUCCCUUUUCCACGACGCCCUUCAUUCUUCAAUCUUUCGUCUUUUCUUUGUCUUACUAUUGAAUUUGGUUCGUUUCUUGAUUUUACCAAAAGGGUCUGCGUAAAAAUCUUUAAUUUGAAUAGGGUUUUUCAAAUUAUGGACGAUCAGGCUUUGUUGGUGCCCAGAUCCAAUGUGAUUGGUGAGAAGCGGAGUGGUGAUGAAUUGGAAGAUAAGCUUGAAGUUGGUAGAAAACGAAUUAAAAUUAGAGAUCUUGAUUCUGUCUGUCAGUCUGAAGAAUUGAAUAGCCAUCAUUCAAAAUUAUUGUUAAACAAAGAAGCUAGUGAUCAACCUCAGUCUGAUGGAGAAGAGAUGUCCCAAGUAAGUGAUGUGCCUAUUAUUUUGGACUUGGAUGGUUCUCAAGCUGAAAAAGCUGUAAGGAAUGCAUCAUCAGUUGUGGAGGCUGAUACCCCAGGACUGCUAGAUCUCAAUUCCAAAGUUUGCGUUGCAACUAGUUCAUGCUGUGUUGGUAGUCCUAUAUGUUCUGAGAAUUCAAACAAGCCAUCAUCUUUGAAGUCGAAGCAUGAUAGGGAACCUGAUAGUAAUUGUGUAUCCUCAAUUCACGUUGGCAUGGAUCUUAAGGCAGAACACGUUGCUAGCUCAGUUAACCAAGACCCCUUUUACCACCACAAGAAUCAUAAUCAUUUAAAAUCAAGAGAUGUUUCUGAAUGUGUUAGUUCGACAACACCAUUGGAGGAGAAAGAUCCAAUGAGAGUAUGGAAGGAGAUGAAGCAAAAUGGUUUCCUCUCAUCAUCUCAUGGAGGCAUGUCAGUGCAAAAUAGUGUUCUCUCAUCUUCUCAUGGAGGAGUACCACCAAUGCCAAAACAACGUGCAAGGAAAAGUAAAAGUGACACAUUUACGAAAAAGAUGGAAAGCAAAAAGGAAAAUGUUGACAGGUUCACCAAGAUUGCAGCUCCAAGUGGACUGCUUAAUGAAUUGAACCCAGGGAUUAUUAACAAUGUAAGAAAUAGGAAACAGGUCUACUCCAUAAUAGAAGCCAUAGUAAGGUCUGAAAAACAUGAAAAUAGUCAUUCAGGAAGCAAGCAGUCAGAUUAUAUAAAAAGUGGAAGCAAAGAUAUCAGUCACAAGGACCCAGAAAAUAUGACGGAUUCAGGAAUACGUAGACUCCUCGUACAUUCUCAAGAUGAUAGGUCCCCAAGUACUUUCAAUAUGCAAACAAGUGGGUGUGCAAUGCCAAUGCACAAAUUUUAUUCUUCAGCUUCAGAGGAGAAAAGUGGGAAUGGUGACUUGAGCAUGGUAGAUUGUGAAGAGGAUGCACUGGUACUGAAGUUGUCUUCCUCAACCAAGGCAUCUGAGAAUGCUAGCUCAUUGCCUAAUGAGGAAUCGACUAACUUUGCAAGUGCUGCUUCUCUUUCUGUAAAAGCUGCAAAUGUUGCCUCUCAAUGGCUGGAACUUCUUCAUCAGGAUAUCAAAGGACGGCUUUCAGCCUUGCGUAGAAGUAAGAAGAGAGUCCGAGCUGUAAUUACUACAGAGUUACCUUUUUUAGUUUCUAAAGAAUUCUUCUCUGGUGUAGCGAAUGAUCCCAAUGCCAUAAAAAAUUCUGGUGAUAGAUUUUCAAGAAAUUCAACCGCAGAUUUGCAUAGAAAAUGGAGAACACUGUUUGAUCAGAUGGAUGAAGCACUUUCUGAAGAAGAGAAGCAGCUUGAAAGUUGGUUGAAUCAAGUAAUGGAAAUGCAAUUGCAUUGUGAUCAAGGCCUGCAGUUUAACCAUUGGACUCCCGGUUAUGGUUUUCAAAAUCUGGGAAUAUCAGAACAUGACUUCAGAUCAGGGAAUGCAGUUAGCUUGGAGAAGAUUUUAGCCGUUAAGGCUGCUGCAGCUUCCAUUUAUUCAACAUGUAGUUUCUUAUCAUCAAAAGAGAAAGUAUCCUGUUGCUGAUAUUAACUCCAGCGUUUGACUUGACCCUUCAGCCAUUCUCAAUAUAUUGACUUUUCCUCUCCAUUCGCAGAUCUCCUUGUUCCUUCUGCAAAGUAGUAAUUAGCCUAAACAUUUGCUGAAUGGCUAGUCUGUAACAUUAGAAAUGGAGAUCAUUAAUGUUUAAAAUUCAUUUGUUACCUUCAUCGCUUUAGCAUAAACUGACUGUUUUGAGGUUCAAGUUUUGCAUUCAAGAAGUUAUGUGAAUUGUAACUUAAUCAUUUCUUGUUCA